AUGUUGAGGUGCUCUAUGGAGAAGCUGCCUUCAAGACGUUCAUUCUCCGUUCUUUCGUCCUUGAAGACUGCAGGUAGCGUGGGCAAGAGGUCGCAGGAGGAGGCCAAGUACGAACCUCUUUCCGAAGCUCAGGAAGCGUAUCUAGAUCGUGCGAUCCGGGUGGACCAAGCUGGUGAGCUGGGGGCCAACUAUAUCUACGCGGGCCAGUACUUCGUUCUGGCAAACAAGUACCCCCAUCUGAAGCCAGUGCUGCAACACAUGUGGGAUCAAGAGAUUCACCAUCAUGAAACGUUUAAUAAACUACAGAGUAGGAACAGAGUGAGACCCUCUUUAAUCACUCCUGUAUGGAAAGUGGGGGCGUUCUUCAUGGGUGCAGGCACUGCGAUGAUAUCCCCCCAAGCAGCCAUGGCAUGUACAGAGGCAGUCGAGACAGUCAUUGGUGGUCAUUACAAUGAGCAGCUGCGCUGCCUGACUAAUCAGUUCGAACUGAACAAGUCUGAUAAGACUUCGGGAACGCCUAAGGAGUUGAAAGACCUAACAAACACCAUUAGGCAGUUUAGAGAUGAUGAGCUGGAGCACUUGGAUACGGCGAUCCAACAUGACUCGAAGAAAGCUGUUCCAUAUAUGCUACUCACAGAAGGUAUAAAAGGGAUAUGUAGAGUUGCUAUCUGGACUGCCGAAAGAAUUUGA